ACUCAAUUCAGUACUUACUUUCACUACCUUCAGAUCGCGUCAACCAUUCGCCUUCGUUGUUGUUGUUUUUGAAGUUAAUGUGGUUUUUUAUUUUUUUUAACUGAAAGCUAAAUUUUUUCCACCUGAAUUCAAUAAAACCAAAAAAAAUUAAAAAAAAUAUUCGAAAUCUUCUUUCAAAUAAAGUGUUUUAUUCCGUUGUUGAAAUAUAGAUUUCUGUGAUAUUUCAGUUAAAUUUUUGUGAUUUUCAACAUUUUUAGAAACUUUAUUUGUUUAAAAAAAUGAAAGCUCAAAUUGCAUUUGUUUGUGUUGCAUUUCUUUUUGCUGUGGUCCUUGUAAAUUGCGAGGACGAGAAAAAAGCCGAGAAGGAUGAAGAGAUCAAAGUCUAUAAACGUUUGAUUCCAGCUGAUGUCUUAAGAGAUUUCCCUGGAAUGUGUUUCGCUUCAACUCGCUGUGCAACAGUUGAGCCUGGCAAAACAUGGGACCUAACACCAUUCUGUGGACGUUCAACUUGUGUUCUCGAUGAAUCAAACCCAGCAAAAUUAUUGGAAUUAGUGGAAGAUUGUGGUCCACUGCCAUUGGCAAAUGACAAAUGCAAAUUAGACACUGAGAAGACCAACAAAACUGCUCCAUUCCCUUACUGUUGUCCGACCUUCAAGUGUGAACCUGGUGUGAAGCUAGAAUAUCCAGAAAUUAAAGAAGAACCCAAAAAGGAAUAAACUAAAAAAUAGUAAUAUUCCAGUUAACUUUUUUGCGAAAACAAAACAAAAUUGAUAUUUAUAUAUAUAUAAAUUGUUUUACCAAAACCUCAGAGCGAAUAAACACAAAAUAUGGAGAGCAAAUUUAACAAACAAUUUAAAAUUUAAAAAAAAAAUCAGAUUUCAUCAUUUAAAAAGAGUUUGAACGGAUUGUUUAUGAACAUCAUGUUAUAAUUUAUUCCUAAUUACAUCUCUCAUCUUUAUGCGAUGUUUAUAACAAAAUAAAUAUAAUAUAUCCGUAAAUAGUCCGAACUAUUUCAAUUUUUGUAUUUUCUGUAUGUUUAUAUUUGUAAUUAUAUUUCGAAAUAAAUGUAAUGAAAACACAGAA